CCGGGCGCGUGACUGCAGGAUGGGGCCAGGGCUCUUUUUUUCAGUCUUGUCGCAUCCGACAAGAAUAGGAAUUCUAGCUGUCCGACUCUUGCUACUCGUCCAGUCUGUGUCCUACCCUGUUCAGCACGCGAAUGCGACGCCGUUACUGGAUUUUCUGGAGAAGCAUCCGGACGAGGGUGCGAACCUGCUCCUAAACCCAACUUCCGUACUAAACCGUCAAUUUGCGCCCGUGAACGACGCGUCUGACCCAAGUGGAACGAAUGUCAUCUUCGACGAUCUGAAGACGGAGCUGAGAAAAAUCACGGAGCAGGGCAGAGGGC